AUGACCAGGGUGAGCAGGGAGCAAUGCUUUAACUCUGAAGCGGUUUCAGAGGUCCUGAACCAAGAGGUGACCAGCCACACCAAGGCCCUGCUGCAGAUUGCCGCAACUCAGGAUGCAGGGACUGGGGCUUCCGAUGGCUUGGUCCUGUACAGGUUAAACAGAUUGCGAGUCGCGGGCAGGUGGGAAGCUGCAGCCCCGCUCAGCCCCUCGGCCGUGGCCGCUACCUUCGCUGAGACUUGGCCGGGGAGUGAGCGCGCCGAGCCUGGGAGGAUACAGCACCCACUGUGGCCUGGGAGCUCCGAGGGGCUCCAGCUGCUUGUCUGCUUCCUGCUGCUGAACAGCUGCCCCGGGGGCUGCAGCGACAUUAGUGCCCACGAUGGUCAGGACCAAGUAGGAGUGGGGCAGCUUUGGACCCUCCAAGGAUUUGCCACCCCAGUCUUCCAGCAUUUACAGGUUGUGCUCCAGCAGAUUAUACCCCAAGGUCUGUUCUGGAAGGAUGACAUCACCCAGGAUGCAAUGAUCCAAAAGAUGGAGCAUGCCAGCAGACUGCAUCCCCAAGAUCCAUGCCUGAAGGAUGGGAAGGCACUUUUCCCCACUAAAACCACUGAGAGCCCCCUGGCCAAGGUGAACAGGGAUCAGUGCUUUACCUCCGAAGUGGUUUCUAAGGCCCUGAAACAAGAGGUGGCCAACCCUGUCAAGAUUACCUAUAGGUGUUCAUAUGGGGGGCUGGACAUGAUGCCGGCGCUGGGAGCCUCUAAGGAAGAAAUUAUCUAUAAGAUCAUGCGGCUUCUCUGGGCCAUUUCCUACUGUGGGCCGCAACCCUGUGGCUGAUUGAGACCUCAUGUGAAGCCUCCCUGCCCCAGCACCCUUCCCAUUGCCCUUCAGAGGAGCAGUUCUUGGAUGACCCAGAUUUGAAUCAUUAAAGUAGACUCUCAUGCAAA